UGUUUUUUUAACUCAAAUGGGUGAUGAAAAGGAUUCUUGGAAAGUGAAAACUUUAGAUGAGAUUCUCCAGGAGAAGAAGCGAAGGAAGGAGCAAGAGGAGAAGGCAGAGAUCAAACGUAUGAAAAAUUCAGAUGACAGGGAUUCCAAGAGGGAUUCUCUUGAAGAGGGGGAGCUGAGAGACCAUCGCAUGGAAAUCACCAUCAGGAACUCACCUUACAGGAGGGAAGAUUCCAUGGAAGACAGGGGAGAAGAAGAUGAUUCCUUGGCUAUCAAACCACCCCAGCAGAUGUCCCGGAAAGAAAAAACCCAUCACAGGAAGGAUGAGAAGAGGAAAGAGAAGCGCAGGCACCGCAGCCAUUCUGCAGAAGGGAAACAUGCCAGAGUGAAAGAGAAAGAACGGGAGCAUGAGCGUAGGAAGAGACAUAGAGAAGAGCAGGAUAAAGCCCGGCGUGAAUGGGAGAGACAGAAACGGAGAGAGAUGGCAAGGGAGCAUUCCAGGAGGGAGAGAGAUCGUCUGGAGCAACUGGAGAGAGAAAGGGAGAGAAAAAUCCGGGAGCAGCAGAAGGAACAACGGGAGCAAAAGGAGAGAGAGAGGAGAGCUGAGGAGAGGAGGAAGGAGAGGGAAGCCAGGAGAGAAGUUUCUGCACACCAUAGAACAGUGAGGGAAGAAUAUGGAGACAAAGUAAAAAUGAGACCCUGGAGUCGCAGCCCUUUGCGCCAGCAGAGAGACAAGCUUGAGCAAGGAGAGAGCAGGAAACCAGCAGUAAAAGAGGAGAAACCAGAAGAAAGGGAUCCUCUGUCAGACUUGCAAGACAUCAGUGACAGUGAGAGAAAAACCAGCUCAGCAGAGUCUUCCUCAGAAUCUGGAUCAGGCUCAGAAGAGGAGGAGGAAGAGUCCAGCAGUGAAGGCUCUGAGGAAGAGGGGGAGGAAGAGGAGGAGGAGGAGGAGACAGGAAGCAAUUCUGAGGAGGUGUCUGAGCAAUCAGCAGAGGAGGUGAGCGAAGAGGAAAUGAGCGAAGAGGAGGAACGGGAGAAUGGAAACCACAUCCCAGUUGUUCCAGAGUCGAGGUUUGACCGGGAUUCUGCAGGGAGUGAGGUGGAGGAGGAGGAGGUGGGGGAGGGAUCCCCUCAUUCCAAUGCCAUGACAGAGGGGGAAUACAUUCCUGAUUCUCCAGCUUCCUCCCCCAUCGAGCUGAAACAGGAACUUCCCAAGUAUCUUCCUGCACUCCAGGGAUGUCGCAGCGUGGAGGAAUUCCAGUGUCUGAACAGGAUUGAAGAGGGAACCUAUGGGGUGGUGUACAGGGCAAAGGACAAAAAGACUGAUGAAAUCGUGGCUCUGAAACGACUGAAGAUGGAAAAGGAGAAGGAAGGUUUUCCCAUUACUUCCCUGAGAGAAAUCAAUACAAUUCUGAAAGCACAGCACCUGAAUAUUGUCACUGUCAGAGAGAUUGUUGUGGGCAGUAACAUGGAUAAAAUCUAUAUUGUGAUGAACUAUGUGGAGCACGACCUCAAGAGCCUGAUGGAAACAAUGAAACAGCCUUUCCUGCCAGGGGAAGUGAAGACUUUGAUGAUUCAGUUACUGCGAGGGGUCAAACACCUCCACGACAACUGGAUCCUUCACCGAGACUUGAAAACUUCCAACCUGCUGCUCAGUCAUUCAGGCAUUUUAAAAGUUGGAGAUUUUGGCUUAGCCAGGGAAUAUGGGUCUCCCCUGAAGCCCUACACCCCUGUGGUGGUGACCCUGUGGUACAGAGCUCCAGAGCUGUUGCUUGGAGCAAAGGAAUAUUCCACAGCCAUUGACAUGUGGUCAGUGGGGUGCAUUUUUGGGGAGCUGCUGACACAGAAGCCACUGUUCCCAGGGAAAUCAGAAAUCGACCAGAUUAACAAAGUUUUUAAGGAUCUGGGUACUCCCAGUGAAAAGAUCUGGCCUGGUUACAACGAGCUGCCAGCAGUGAAGAAAAUGACCUUCACAGAAUAUCCCUACAACAACCUGCGCAAGAGAUUCGGGGCUCUGCUCUCUGACCAGGGCUUUGACCUGAUGAACAAUUUCCUGACGUAUUACCCGGCACGGCGCAUCACGGCCGAGGACGGGCUGAAGCACGAGUACUUCAGGGAGACCCCGCUGCCCAUCGACCCCUCCAUGUUCCCCACCUGGCCAGCCAAGAGUGAGCAGCAGAGAGUGAAGAGGGGCACCAGCCCCCGGCCCCCUGAGGGGGGGCUGGGCUACAGCCAGCUGGGUGAUGAUGAUCUGAAGGACACAGGUUUCCAUCUGACCACCACAAACCAAGGAGCAUCUGCUGCAGGACCUGGCUUCAGCCUCAAGUUUUGAACUCAACAUGAAAAAGGAGAGGG